AUGGCCUCUUCACCAGCUUCAGAUGUAUUGGACCCAACCGGUCAAUUUCAAUCCUCCGUCUAUUCCCUAUCAUUACCCUCACCCAAAAGUACUUCCGCCUUCUGGAACCAGACACCUUCCAUUCCCAGUUCUUCAGAAUUAGACAUUUGGUCUAAAUUUAAUCUUUCUUAUACAGAUGUAGGCAUUAAUAUGGAAGCCAAUGUCACCAGUGCCUCAGAUUUACAUUUACUCAUCGAUGCCUUCAGUAAGCUUUGUAACACCUCUUUGCCCGUGGUGGCACAUGACUCAAGUCCAUCUCCUGUGUCAGGUGACGACGAUAUCAACAAAAGUGGAAUUAAAAUGUGUCGCAACAAAUCCCAUAAAUUAAAGCCUAUCAACUACUUCGCCUCUGUUGGCAGACUCGGUCAACUACCUCGGCCUCAUUCGAAGCAUGGUCAAAUCAGUCUAAAACAAGUCGCAGAUGCCUGUGUGGAUACUUACUUUACUUGCUGGAUACGCAAUACACCCAUCUUACGACGUGAUGAAUUCAUGACAUGGUACAAUGCACAACCAGACCCUACCAACACACUGAUUGUGAAUGCUAUCUGUGUCAGCACAUUUCGACAUAUGGUCUUGCACCAUUCUCGGUCGGGAUUAGAACAUUUUGUCGGAGAUCAAGACAAGAUACAGGAACAAGAAGAGUAUUUCUUUGAUCAAGCACGUGAGUGUCUGUCUCAAUCAUUUGAUCGUCCAGAUCGAUUUACGGUCAUUGCACUACAUCUUAUUGUAUUUCGAGCAGAACCUAGUCGUCGUCAUCAUUAUGCUGGUAUGGCUGUCUCUGCUCUUCAUGAGCUUGAAAUUUACCCUCGUACGGUGGAUGAAGCAGACGAUGAAUCCUAUGAAAAGGAAAUGGACACUCGCCUUUGGUGGUCUAUUUGGGCAAUGGAUUUUUAUCUAUACUCUGCAGGUGGUGCACUCAAGAACACACCUCAGCCUCGUAUCCCAGGCAUACAAAUAGACUUACCCCGUGUGAUGGAACAAGACAUUGAUGAAGACGAAAUAUCUGUGAUUGCCUUUAUUCAUUGCUUACGACUCUGGAAAAUCCAAGCUCAUUUCUUAUCUGUGGUCUAUGAACAAGAAUCAGACAUGACGCUAGAACAGCUGCAAGAAUACGAUCGUCAAUUACUUGAUUUUUAUGCAGCUUUACCAGACUAUCUCAAGUUUGAUAGUGGGUUUGUCUAUGGUCACGAAGAUCUCUUCUUGGCUUGUAUACGUGUCAAUAUCGAGUACAAUGCGACACGCGUCAUUCUCCAUAAACUGUUUGUGCCUGAUGCCAAUGAUCCUCGACCCAGUCGGUCUUCACUCGAGUCGCUCAAUAUUUGUCUCAGGAUGUCAUUGAAACAAUUGCCGGCACUCAAUUCAGGUGCCUUUCUGCCAAAUGGUCGAUGUGCAUUUGACCGUGAUGAACUAUGGCGUGCGAGUGAAGUGAUCUCCAUGGCCAUGGAUGCCUAUCGUUCCUGUGCUUCUAUUCAAGACCGUGCCUUGAUCCUCAAAGACAUUCGAGCCAACGAAUUUGAAAAUGGUCUGAUAAAAGCCUUGGAUAUUUUGAAGAGCACCAUGGAGUUUGAAGCACAGAGUCGAAACUGGAUCCAAGUCUCAGACUGGCUUGAAGUCGAGAUCAGAAGACAUCAACUGUAUUCUAAUCCUCGUCACAAGACAGAACCACCAACACAGACCCCCAAACUCGAUUAUUUCUUGGCUAAUUUGAAAUCAGAUGCUGAAAAGAAACGACAGGCAGGCAUGGCAGAUACAGAUAAAAUCAAGCAUGAUUUGCAUCGACGUAUGUCUGUCUCUUCAACCAGCUCGAAUUAUAGCACAUCGCCUACACUCAAUUACAAUUUCAGCAAGUCAAGUUGGAAUGACAAUGAAUCUUCCUUUAUCAAGAAACCAAACACUAAUAUGCAAUUUGUAUCUUCUCAUUUUUCACCUACUUCUACUACUACCACUACCAACAAUACUACUUCUUUUGUACAAUAUAAUCCCAAAUCAUUUCAUACGCAUCAUCAACAAAACAAUAAGAAUCAGCCUAAAUUUAGAUAUUUUAGUCCAAAAAAAAUGAACAAGUAUAUGUUUAUUGACGAUAAUCCAAUGUUGUAA